CCCACACACAGAUUGAAUGACAGUGAGCGAGCGGGGCGCGCCAGGCAAAGUGAACACAGACAGUAAUCAGACUCAUCAGAUUUUAUUUCAGAUUGACAAAGAAUAAGAUGAGUACCGAGGUGAAGCUUGUGGAUGAGGAUGCCUUCAAGAUGAGUCUUCAAGAUGUACGAGAUGAUAAAACAGAAACCAAAUUAGUGAUUGUUGGUCAUGUCAACAAUGAACCCAACGCAAUAGAUGUCAUAUUCACAGGUCCAGACAUAAAUGAGAUAAAUGAAGUCCUUGAUGAUAAACAAGUGAUGUAUGUUCUGGCGAGACUGAAUACGACAUUUGACCUCUCAACUACUGUGAAAUUUGUGUAUAUUCAUUGGGUUGGAACCAAUGUGCCAUUUUCAAAGAAAGGCCGUUUUGGGGUGGUACAUGAAUCUGUUAGGAAAUAUUUCCAGCCAUGUCACUUAGAAAUGGAGACAGACUCAACUGCUGAUAUCACUGAAGAAGUCAUUCGGCAAAAGUUGGAAGACACAGCAGGAACAAGGUCGAAAGUGCGGGAGCGAAGUGAAGUAGAAGGUGUACAAGAACGAGGCUUUACACAAACACAAACCAAGAAAUCUGCGGUCGGUAUUCCUGGAAAAUCCAACUCGAGCACCAAAAUGGCUGCAGUUAGUUCACAAGGUUCACCAGUAACAGUCGACCCAGAAGUUUCAGAAAUCAUUAAAGAUCUUAGAUCUGAAAGUUCUACAAAUUGGUUACUAGCUGGUUACGAAGGAGGGAAUCCCAAAGCACCGAUCGUCACCGUUGGGUCAGGAGAUAAUGGUCUUGAUGAAAUGAAAGGCUUCUUAGAAAGUGAUAAGGUUCUCUAUGGAUUACUGCGAGUCACUGAUCUAGUUGAUGAUAUCACUACCGUCAAAUUCGUCUACAUCACAUGGGUUGGUGAUAUGGUAAAACCGAUGACCAAAGCCAAAGUUGCUACUCGUAAAGGUGACUGUGAUCAAGUGUUCUUACCAGCUCAUGUAACUGUCUAUGCAUCAGAAUCAUCAGAUCUUAUAGAGUCAGAAAUAAUCAACAAGGUGAAAUCUGCAUCAGGAACCAAGUCUCACGUCAUGUAAGAAUGCUUCCAAGAUACUCUUUUUACUUACAUCUUACUUUCAUAUGUGUUUCUUUUUUAUCUCUUAUUGCAUCAGUACCAUUGAGUAUUGUGAUUAUGUUAAAUAUAACAAUUUCACUAAACCAUUGAAAGUUUAGUCCAGUUCAUACUUCCUGUGAAUUUGCAACAAAUAAUUUGCCACAGUUGAGCUGUGCUCCAACAGCCAUGUGACGACAAAAAUUGCUUCGCAUUAGCAUUCACAGGAAGUAUGAACCGGGCUUUUGUUGACUUAACAUUGUACUUAGCCUAACCAUUUUUUAAAUGUGGCUUUAAAGGCAGUGGACACUAUUGUUAGUUGUCAAAGACCAGUCUUCUCACUUGGUGUAUCUCAACAUAUA